GCAGCUUUCCUUGGCUUUAGACUCUUUAAAAAAGCAAAUAAAUAGAUUUGUAGAUUUUUAAUGAUAUAAGACACUUGCGGGCGACUUGGCAUAUCACAGAGCAUUCACUUGUGUUACUUCAUCGAGGAGCAGCGGGGUGGAGCUGGAGCGAGCACCUCUGCGUCUCAGGUGCAACAGUGAAAUGCUAAAACGUAGCCAUGAGCAAGGAGCCCUCUGUCUGAAUCACGCUGGGUGCUGGGAACUAAAGCGGAAGGAGCAGGUCCUGUGUGUGCCGUAGUGCUUCUAGUGGGAUGUGACAAAAGACAUGAAAUCGGGGAGAGAAAAAUGAUGAUUCUGGAAUUUGGCUCUGGCUGUCAGGGGUGACGAAAAAGCGCCGGCAACGCCUCCUGCCCGGGCUAUAAAGGGCUCCAAGCCAGGGGGAAGCGAGCACUCGCUGUCUGUGCUGCCGAGCCGGGUGUUGCUCUCCUGCCCUACAGCCUCCGCCAGCCUUCGCCAUGAGCACCACCACGGUCAGGCAAUACUCCUCCUCCACCUCCCUCAAGGGCUUCGGUGGCCUGGGUGGAGGCUCCAGCAGGCUUUCCUCCGUGCGUGUUGGGGGAGGAGGGUACAGAGCACCCAGCGUCCACGGAGGCAGCUACUCUGUCUCUUCCCGCAUUGUCUCGGGGCUUGGAAGUGGCUACGGGGGCAGCUACUGCAGCAGCGUAGGAGGGGGCCUCGGCAGUGGCUUUGGGGGGAGCUAUGGGGCUGGCUUUGGGGCUGGCUUUGGAGCUGGCUUUGGAGGUGGCUUUGGAGGUGGCGAUGGCAUCCUCCCGGCUGGCGAAAAGGAGACGAUGCAGAACCUCAACGACCGCCUGGCUGCCUACCUGGACAAAGUGCGUGCCCUGGAGGAGGCCAACACUGACCUGGAGGUCAAGAUCAGGGAAUGGUACAAGAAGCAGGGACCUGGUCCAGACCGUGACUAUAGCCCCUACUACAGGACUAUCGAGGAGCUCAGGAACAAGGUCCUGGUGGCUACAGUCGACAACGCUAACCUCCUCCUGCAGAUUGACAACGCCAGGCUGACAGCUGAUGACUUCAGGACCAAGUUUGAGACGGAGCAGACUCUGCGCCUGAGUGUGGAGGCUGAUAUCAACGGCCUGCGCAGAGUCCUGGAUGAGCUGACCCUGGCCAGAGCUGACCUGGAGAUGCAGAUCGAGAACCUGAAGGAGGAGCUGGCCUACCUCAAGAAGAACCACGAGGAGGAAAUGAAUGCCCUGCGCGGGCAGGUGGGUGGAGAGAUCAGCGUGGAGAUGGAUGCGGCUCCUGGAAUCGACCUCACCAAGAUCCUGGCUGAGAUGAGGGAGCAGUACGAGAGCCUGGCGGACAAGAACCGCAGGGACGCCGAGCAGUGGUUCUUCAGCAAGACGGAAGAGCUGAACCGGGAGGUGGCCAUCAACACCGAGCAGCUUCAGAGCGGCAAGACGGAGAUCACAGAGCUACGACGCACCAUCCAGAGCCUGGAGAUUGACCUGCAGUCCCAGCUCAGCACGAAAGCGGCGUUGGAGGGCACCUUGGCUGACACGGAAGCCCGCUACGGCACCCAGCUGGCCCAGCUCCAGGGGCUGAUCACCAGCGUGGAGGAGCAGCUGGCCGAGCUGCGGUGCGACAUGGAGCGCCAGAACCACGAGUACAGGGUCCUCCUGGACGUCAAAUGCCGCCUGGAGCAGGAGAUUGCCACGUACCGCCGGCUCCUGGAGGGCGAGGACGCCCACAUGUCUUCCCACUACAUCUCGCAGUCUGUGAAAGAAGUACCUGUAACUACCCGUCAAAUCCGCACAAUCUUUGAGGAAGUCCAGGAUGGGAAGGUGAUCUCCUCCCGUGAGCAGAUCACCCAGUCUGCCCACUAAGGUGGCUGCGUGGUUUGCUGCAAACCUUGCAUAGCAAAGCAAAAGAAGAUUCCAGCUUAUGUGCUCUGGCUGUGUAGAUGACAAAAAGCGUCUUCUCUUUUUAUCGCACCCCUGCUUCCCUCACCCUUUCUCUAAGCGCUGUGCCGCACUCAGAAAUCAAAUAAAGCUUUUCUGCGCACUCGUG